UCUUACUGACCUGUGUACUAUCGCGAAAGGAAUUGUGGGUAGCACUACUUUUUCAACAUGGCUGCCGAUUGACAUCAUCUCAGUUUGUCAACGUUCAAGCCAUGGAAACAGCAACUCCAGUAAAGUCAGUGAGGGCCUGUCUAACCUGUAAUCGUUCAUCUCAAGGACAUUUAAAAAACUUAAGAAAUGUAGCUAUGCGAUCCAUACUACUGAAAAAACAGUUUGAAUGUCUGGGCUGCAAUAUUGAAGACCUUGUGAAAGUAGGACAUGAGAAUCUGUUGGUUUGUGACACAUGUUUGAAAAUAUUGGACAAACUAUCAGAAAUGAAGUUGAAUUUACAAAUGAACAUGAAAGAACUAAAGAAGAGUGAGGAUAGAACAAAGAGAUUAAUUAUGCAUUCUGUUUCUCCAGUAGUUAAGAAGUUCAAGGACACAACUGUACCAGUAAAAUCUAGAAAAAGUUCAAGGGCACUUUUUAAGAUGCCAUCUCCAUCUCCAUCAAGAUGUAUUGAUUCAGUUAUUAGUCCAAAAUCAGGCAGCAUUGAUCAUUCAUACUCUGGUAUACCAAGCAAAACAAAAACACAAAGCCUUGACCAUUUGUAUUCAACAACCGUUAAUCAAAAUGUAGAUCUUAAUAAUCCAUACAGUUUUCAUAAGAAGAAAAUACUGAUGCCUCCUGAAAUUACUGUUAACGAAAAGAAAAGUGUCAUAACAAUAUUUGAACAAUCAUCAAAAGACACUGUAAGUGUUAAUACUGUUUUGGAAAAACUUCUUGAUUUCCCUUCUGUAAAUGAAAGACUAUAUCUAUGUUUAUUGCAACGACUAUCUGGAGAACUAAACAGGAUCUGUGGAACAAAAGACAAAAGUGUUUUAAGGACAAAGGUGUCAGAACUAGAACCUGAAACCUUUUUCAGUGACAUUGUAAAAGAAAUGCACUUGAAAUGUCCGAAGGUGUUGCAGUUUCUGAUAACCCUGUCUUGCCCAAUGGAUCUUGCAGUUCCAGAGAAAAAACAUGGUAUAGCAGCUAUGUAUGCACUUGGAUUGUACUUACGGAACAACCACAUGAUUGCCUUUCAAAAAGCUGUUGCUGCAUCAUGUAUAAGAUAUAAUGCAGGGAAUGGACUCAUGGAGUUUUUACACAACCUGGGAAUGUCAAUACCUACAAAAAGCAAGCUGCCAAUGUUGGAUGACCUUGGACAAAUAAAUGGUCGGGAUGUAGUUUCUGCUUUGGCUAUUGGGAAAACCAUCAAAUUCACAGUUGAUAACAUUGACGGGCACAUAAAAGCUUAUCAGGUCAGGCUUGGUAGUGGAAACAGAGAUUUUCACUACACUCAUUGGUCGAUCCUUAUCGACAGAUUUGACCCAAGAGAUCUUCAAGGACUGAGAACACAACCGAAACAGAUAACUGCCCAAGGACCUGACCCUACCAUCUUCUUUUUGUCUUCAAACGAACAUGAAGCAUUAAGAUGUACUCAGCUUGUCAUGCGGAUACUGGUAGAAGAAAUACAGCCAUUGUCCAUGUUUUCUACGGCAACACCUCGUCUUGUGGACCAUAAAUACAGACAAGUGGUUGAUAGACCAUCACAAGUUCAUCCAAUGUUUGUGAUCAUGAAAGACCCAAAGUCAUUACCUAAUUGUGUUCAGAUAAUGGACACUAUAUUAGGAACCAUAGAGUCAUUAUAUACAUCUGCUGGGAGAGGUGAUGAGUUUAACAACAUGGCCAGUAUUCCCCUGGGUGGUGAUCAGCUGACACGGGUAACAUUUGAUUCGGCACGCGUUCUGAGAUCUGGUACUCACAGUCGAACAGAGAGGUUUGACCAGUUGUCUCCAGUCAUCGAAGAACUAUUUCAUGUUCAGCAAGACUUGUUAGAGAAAAUCAUCAAAACCUUCUACAUACCAGAAACAGCUCGUGAAGAGGGAUCACUUGCCCAGUACAGAGCAAUUCUUCAUAGAACAAACGUUAAUGGUCAAGUUAAGGCUAAUGGAUAUGAAUCACACAAAGACUUCCUCAUUACUGUCACUAGGUUUGUACACUUAUAUGCUGUCAUUAUAAAUUAACGUUAUCAUCAUAAAAUCCGUUAACUGUGUUGGUUCUUGCUUGAGCAAAAUUAUAGAAAUAUAUUUUGAAUGCCUAUUAAGAGAUUUACAUAGAAAAUUGGCACUUCAGUGUUAUGCAUGACUGUAGUUGUUUGCCAUUUGCUAUUACCAGCGAUUCAACAUAAUAAAUGUUGACACAGUGGUUUCAUCAUUUAGUAUAAGGGCUAACACAGGGUUGUUAGAGUUGGUGAUGGCUCAGAGUAAUACAAUUAACAGUAAUGUCUUAGGCCCUGUCAUUGUAGCUUUUAUUUUAU